AUCUUGAAAGCGAAACAGUUGGCAGUACUGCUCAGAAUGAUAACGCGAGCGCGAGAAAGUUGAUUCAAGAUUAUAUGAGAAACUUUUAUAGAUAUUAAUAAUGGCAGUUAAAGAAAAACAAACAGAAACUUCUGCUGAUGAGAUAGAAUGGAAUGUUGAAAAUGAAAUUCAAUUAUUCUUUGCUAUGAACGGACAUAAACCUGUUGGAAUUAAUAAAUACUUCCACAUGGUCUGCAUAUGGGAAAAGUUUCGUGCUGCUAUUCAUAAAGAUGUAUCACUGAAAACUAUUUGGGAACAUUUGGAAUCAAUGUAUGAUUUGAUGGCUCUGGAUGAUAUGGAAGAUUUACCCUUUCCGAGUCAAGAAAUAGACUUUGCUUUGCCGGAACAAGAUUUUUUGGGACCACUUAAAUCUAGAAAGAGGGAAGAGCCAGAAUUGAAAUUAAAAGAACAGAGGGAUAAAUACAAAGAAAUUAAGAAAGAAAAAGAUAUGAAAGAUCUUAUGAAAAAGGAUAUUGUUCUUCGUGAUCUUAAAGGAAGCAAAGAUAUUGAUAAAAAAAAGGAAGAGUUUAAAAAAUAUGUGAAGGAUAUAGAAAUGAAGAAAGAUAAACUUAGGGAUAUUAAGGAUGUUAGGAAGGAUUAUAAAUCUUCUAAAGGAAGGUCAAAAGGAAAAGAUGAUCUUGAGGAAUCAGGAUCAAAUGGGAAAAAGGAACGUAAGGAUUCUGACUCCGGUCGUGAAAGUUUAAAGAGGGUUCCAAAACGACCAACUAGACAGAGCAUGGAUAGCUCAUCCAAGGCAUCUUCCAGUCCACGCGAUACACCUCCACCAAAGCGAAGAAGGAUAUAACAAUUUCUUUAAAGUUCAAGUUACUUGUACCUUAUACUAUGAACAAACGUAAUUUACAUUUCAAAGUAUAAACAAAACGCAAAUUGUGUACUUCUUUACAUAUCGCGUGAAAUCACGUGAAGGUAUAUGAAAGACUAUAUGUUCAUUUCGUAACAAAAUUCUGCAUUAAAUCAUUGUAAAUAUCA